UUUUUACACACACACUCUCUCUCUCUCAAAUCCAAAUCGAAUUUUGUGCCCAAUUGUUUGAUCCUUCGUCCUCGAAAAACCCUAAUUUGAGGCCGAAAUCCUAGAGUUUCCGCCAUGAAAUUCGGCGUCCGCGAGGGAUCGAAGGCGAGGAGGAUCCCAUUUUCGUUGCCCCGCAGGAAGAGAAACCCUAACAAUGGCGAUGGGGCAUUGGGAUCCAAUCGCAACUCCCUCGGAUCCGAUUCGGGUAGUAAAGAUGAUGCUUUCUUCGAAUCGAGGCCGUGUUUGGAUUCGGAUUGCGAAGAUGAUUUCUUCAGCGUAAAUGGGGACUUCACUCCUUCGCGAGGAAGUACUCCGAACCAUCAUUUCGCCACCCCUCGACGAUCUCAAGCAUCCAAAUCCUCCCCUCUGGGCUUUAGUCCUAACUCUCCGCCUGAAUCUUCUCCGAAUCAUCAAAAACAGAAGCUCUCCGAACUUCUUCAGGAGAACCAAGAAGGCGAGGAGGAUGCCACCACGAAAAACACCGAAAACGGGGCGACCAAAAGCGGCGCGGAAAUGGAAAACCUCAAUCUCAAUACCAACUCCGGUAAAAUAGAAACGAAGCGAAAGAAAGAGAGAGAGUUCAAGAGCAUGCAGUGUUGCUUGCCGAACCUUGCGCGAAGCCUCAGCUCCAAGGAGAGGAGGAAGCCGAAAACGAGCCCUGCUCACUGAAAACGGCUUUUCGCCACAGCUCGCUCUUGCGAAGUGCUUGUAUGUUCAUACCAUACAUGGUUUUCGCAGAUUCCCCGACAACAAUGUACAUGAUACAGAGCCAUUACACAAGAUGUGUUCUUUGUUGAGAUGUAUAGGGAGAAAUAUGGUGCUGUUUUAUUCGCCGUCGCUUAUCGACGCGUCGGCGGCGGCGAUUGAUUCUUGAAAUAACUGUUUGAGAGUGUUUGAGAGGUGUUACAGUUUAGUUUCUGAGGGAAGUUCUAAGAUUGCUGGAACUCUUUGAGUGUAAGAUUUGAAAAAUGUAAACAACAGUGAGAUAAAAUUUAAUUUGUUAUAACUUUUUGCUUGAAUUUUUUUU